GUGCAAAUAAGGUUUCUGUGGUGAGACACCAGAUAAACUCAACUUCCUCUUUCAACAACAAAUGUGUCAGUUAUCAGCAGGAUCCAUGCCGCCAGAGUAAAGCUUUUUACCCUUUGCUCCCUGCAAAGAAACAAGAGUGCUUAUCCCAGCUAAACUCCAGGAUUCAAACUCUAUGCUGGUCAUUCCCUUCAGGAUAUGGCACUCACCAACAGACCCUUCUUUCAAGUGAAAAGGCAUCUCUUUUAAUGGUGCUGACCUUUGGAAUAGGAAGCAUGUACCCUGGACAGAGCACUUCAAACUAGAGGAACCAUAAAUCCAUGGCUUACCUUGACAAAUAUACUGAAAUAUUCAAGAUGGGUAGCAACAGUACCAGCACUGCUGAGAUUAACUGUAAUGUCACUAAUGUGAAAUUUCAAUACUCCCUUUAUGCAACCACCUAUAUCCUCAUAUUCAUUCCUGGUCUUCUGGCUAACAGUGCAGCCUUGUGGGUUCUGUGCCGCUUCAUCAGCAAGAAAAAUAAAGCCAUCAUUUUCAUGAUCAACCUCUCUGUGGCUGACCUUGCUCACGUACUAUCUUUACCCCUCCGGAUUUACUAUUACAUCAGCCACCACUGGCCUUUCCAGAGAGGACUUUGCCUGCUCUGCUUCUACUUGAAGUAUCUCAACAUGUAUGCCAGCAUUUGUUUCCUGACGUGCAUCAGUCUUCAAAGGUGCUUUUUUCUCCUCAAGCCCUUCAGGGCCAGAGACUGGAAGCGUAGGUACGAUGUGGGCAUCAGUGCUGCCAUUUGGAUCAUUGUGGGGACUGCCUGUUUGCCAUUUCCCAUCCUGAGAAGCACAGACUUAAACAACAACAAGUCCUGCUUUGCUGAUCUUGGAUACAAGCAAAUGAAUGCAGUUGCAUUGGUCGGGAUGAUUACAGUUGCUGAGCUUGCAGGAUUUGUGAUCCCCGUGAUCAUCAUUGCAUGGUGUACCUGGAAAACUACUAUAUCCUUGAGACAGCCACCAAUGGCUUUCCAAGGGAUCAGUGAGAGGCAGAAAGCACUGCGGAUGGUGUUCAUGUGUGCUGCAGUCUUCUUCAUCUGCUUCACUCCCUAUCAUAUUAACUUUAUUUUUUACACCAUGGUAAAGGAAACCAUCAUUAGCAGUUGUCCCAUUGUCCGAAUUGCACUGUAUUUCCACCCCUUUUGCCUGUGCCUUGCAAGUCUCUGCUGCCUUCUGGAUCCAAUUCUUUAUUACUUUAUGGCUUCAGAGUUUCGUGACCAACUCUCCCGCCAUGGCAGUUCUGUGACCCGCUCCCGCCUCAUGAGCAAGGAGAGUGGUUCAUCAAUGAUUGGCUAAAAUUAAGAUAUCUCUUUAAUUAUGACUUUGUUUACCUACAUUCCUUGUCUUUUUCCCAAAGGCCAGAGUUGAAAACCAAUUUCUUUAAUUGAACCUUGUGAAUAACAGAAAUAAGUACUUUUUGUGUGAUAUUCACAGUCAACAGAGGUGUGAUGGUGAAGGCAGAGUGUGAAAAAUGUGAGAGAGGAAGAGAAAAUAGAUUUACCUGAUUCCACUUUGAAAUUCAAGCCACUUUUUUAUUUAAGAAGCCUAGAUCAAAUUUUUACAGAUGUAAAUAAAAGUUGAAUUUUUUACCUUAAAUUUUUUUCAAUAAGUAAGUUAUUGUUAAUAAUGCACAGUAAAUAUGUGAGUUUGUCCUAGCAUGUAAAAAAAUAGCUUUCAUAUAAAGACCUUAAAUUCUGAGUGAGAGUAAAAAUGUCUAGUCCUUCUAAUGAUAAAUUUUUCUAACAGGCAAGACAGUGUGAAGAAUU